AUGCCUUACCGUCAAAAUGCAUCCAUGCCCUCCUCUUCGAAUCCCAGCUCGAGCUCUGGCUCCGGUUCCUUGCAAACUCGAUAUACAAAUCCUGUCAGAGCCGAAGAUCUGGAUAAUGGUGGUACGAACUCGCUGCAUCAUGCAAAGGCUACCUGCAUAAAAGACACCCCUGCUGACACUGCCCUUUUUGCAGCCGACAACUUGAACCCUCACGCAAACGCAAGGAAGGGCCCCUCCUUUGUCAUGAACUCGACCUCGUCCGCUCCCAAACGUGAGCCUGGUGACAAUGUAACCUCCACGGCCACUCUCGCAACUCGAAGAAGACAGUCCUCGAUCCCUGGUAUCAAAGGUCCGAUGGGUCCACGACCUCUGGAUUAUGGUUCGGGGACGGGGACGGGUAAAAGAACAGCUAGCAAUUCAAUAAAUCCGCAGUUUAAUUCCCUAAGAGGUGCCUCCGCCGUCGCUUCUCAAGAUCCCUAUACCAACGAGCUAUCCAUCAACGAUAUUUCCAGAUUCAGCUUUGCAUCUAUACAAACCAAACCCUCCUCCAACCAACAGCGUGAUGCCACCUUGGAUUUCGGUAACUUUCUCGAGCCUACCUUCAAUUUUGACGACUUUCAAGAUACUAUAGUUGGCACCGAGCCCAGUCUGAACCACUUUCCUCUGCCAGGAAGAGGUGGUUCUGUCAAAAUCCCGACUGCCAGCACCACCGCCUCGGCCUCGGCCUCUACCUCUGUCACUCCUGAUUCCUCCCAAACCGAGCAGAAGAAACCUACUGCACAAGCCGCCAUUCCUAUACCUGCCCGUAAAGGCUCUGGCAUAACUCCCAUAACCCGUAAGAGUUCGACCGCAUCAAACACGUCGAGGAAUUCAGCAAAGUCCGAUUCCAUGUCCGCAUCCACUACCUCGAUCCUUCGCGGUAGAAGACAGAGCCACUUUCCACCCAACUCCUUCAACAAUGCAGCACCUACAACCAAGGCUCCCAGGAAAUCAGUCGGGCCUGGGACAUUUGUCGCCCCAGAGUCAUCGGAUAAGCCUGUGGUCAAACGGAGACCUAGUGUCGGCGGGAGAAAAUCGAGUACGGAAAGUACAAAGAGUUUACAACUUAAAACGUCUCUUGGACCCAAGAGAAGAACAUCCAAAGACCUGUUGACACCUUCGAGGACUCCAGAUCAACUAAAAAUGAGUUCUGGAGGUGUUCCCAAUACCCCGACAAGGAGAAGUGGAACUCCUGGAAGGACAACAACUCCAGGUGGUAAUGCUGAUCGAAAUAGAAGGAUGUCCGUCAUGCCUCACCAUGCCACAGGUCUAGGUGCUCGCACCGUCAGCCCAACCGAUGCCAGACGUAUGAAACGUAUGUCCAUCGUUCCUCCUGCACCUCCGUUACCUCAGAGCAGGAUAUCUCAAGCGCCUCCAACACCAUUACCCGACCCAGUACCCCAAAUGCCACAGUCAGACAUCCAAUCACCAGUCGUGCCCAGUCGAAAGAGUUUGACCCCUUCAUCUUCGAGAACAACCCCCGAUCCGAAUCGAAAAUCGUACAGCUCUGGUCAGUCUUUGUCUUCGAAUACUAGUUAUAGUUCUGUUCGCAACAAUGCGAACAAUCCAGCAAGACUCCCGCUAAAUCCCAAUUCAUCCCGUCUACCCACCCCCAAACCAAGAUUGGACACCUCCGGAAAUACAACCUUUGAGCUCGAAGUCCCGCCUGUACCUGCGAUUCCCAAAGCUUACGAGUCUCCCGGAAGUGAACACGAUCAGCCAUUCUUCUCAGCCCGAUCAUCAAGCCUUCCUCCUUUUGAUGGAGUAAUAUCUGCAAGUCCAGUCAUUUCCACAGUGGCAGAUGCAAUGAAGGCGCUCGAGACGCCUCGAGCCCCUAGCACUGCUUCACAUGUUUCAUCCAACCAACCUCUUUUGCCCGCUCCGACACUGGUCUCGAUCGAGCCAGAACUCAGAGCCAAACCACAGCGCAAACCGAGCAAGAAAAAUCUACAUACUCUGAGAUUACCUCCGCUGAAUCUUCUUCCUCUGAGUACGCCUACAGCUGCCAAGAUCAAGUCUUUUAAUUCGAAGAUUGAAUCUGGUGAGGGAACAACCACCCCUCCAGCACUACGCAGUACGAUGAAGACACCAAGUACGCCUAUGACAGCAUCCAAAGCGAGCUUCUUCUCUCAAUCCCAUAAGGGUGCUACCGAAACCAUCCUCCGGAGUUCAACUUCCCAUCACGCACUUCGUUCUGAUGAUUUACGCCCACCGAGUGAUAUCAGUCCUAACCUUCCUGUGUUCACAUUCGAAACAGGCAAAUCUGAUCGAAACCUGUCACCUUUCGUGUCGUCCUCCUUGCCGAAGAGCGCCGAUGAUUUCACGACGUAUAUGAGACCUAACUUCAUCACCGAGUUGAGUCGUAAUCCUAGCCAAGCGAAGCCGAAUGGACCACGAGCACCAAGUUUCUCAGUAACACCCAAAACGGAGGUAGCAGCAAGCCCUAUCAGUGCUGAGAGACCAGCGGAAAGUGAAUCUGUCUUUUCCACUUCUGUGUUGCGAAGGAAGCUAAGCCGAAAAAGAAGCGAGACUCAGGUGCUGGAAUCGGCAGCGCAGAAUGAUGAUUUGCGAAAGUAUGAUAAUAUGCCCCCUCCGAAACUUCCAGCUUCUUCGACUUGGACCAAUCCUCAAAAUGGUGGCUCCAGUCCUUCUCAGAAGCCUUCGUACCUGCGAUCCCGAAGACAAACCUCGACAUCGAGCAUUCCAAUUGAACCCAAACGUCAAGAAAGUCAUGAUAGUACAACGAUGCACACUUCUACUGCACGUCCAUCUGUAGACUCGAGCAGAACUCUUAUGAUGCAGACGAACAGGUCUGGAUCACUGUCCGCGAGCACGCCAAAUCUGGUGGGCAAACAGCCGUCUCAGCGCCAGCAAGAGCCGGUAUUGGAUCGUGAUGACAUGGUCGCGGAAGAAGAAAUGAAGAAACUCGCCUCCAAAAGGAAGGAUGCUGAAGCCGCUGCACGUCAACUAGAUGCUCUUCGUGCACGGGCAAGACCAGUUCGACGGAUGUCAGCAGAAACAGCUUCAAGAACAUUUGAAUUGAACCUUUUCGAACGAGGAGAAAUUGUCGACUAUCCAAACGUAUAUUUCACCGGCACGGCAAAAGCUCGAAAAAUCAUUGGUGAUUUGAAUGCGGCACCCACGAACUUUGGCUAUGACGAUGAGCGAGGUGAUUACAACAUUGUCGAAGGAGACCAUCUCGCGUACCGUUAUGAAGUUGUGGACCUUCUUGGUAAGGGGAGUUUCGGUCAGGUUGUACGUUGUGUAGACCACAAGACUGGAAUUCUUGUUGCUGUCAAGAUUAUUCGCAAUAAGAAACGAUUUCACCAGCAAGCACUUGUGGAGGUCAAUAUUCUUCAGAAACUCAAAGAAUGGGAUCCACACAAGAAGCACAGUGUUGUCAACUUCGAUCAGAGCUUUUAUUUCCGAGGCCAUCUUUGCAUAUCGACUGAUCUUCUGGAUAUGAACCUCUACGAAUUUAUCAAAGCUCACGAUUUCCGUGGAUUCUCUCUGAAACUGAUCCGACGGUUCACAAAACAGUUGCUCCAAAGUCUCGUCCUUCUACAACAACAUAAGGUGAUCCAUUGUGAUCUUAAACCUGAAAAUAUCCUCCUGGCCCACCCUGUACACUCUGAGAUCAAAGUCAUUGACUUCGGGUCGAGUUGUUUCGAAAACGAAAAAGUGUACACGUACAUCCAAUCACGUUUCUAUCGAUCACCAGAAGUAAUAUUGGGAAUGUCCUAUGGGAUGCCGAUCGACAUGUGGAGCGUCGGCUGUAUUCUUGCUGAACUCUACACUGGUUAUCCUAUUUUCCCAGGUGAAAACGAGCAGGAACAGUUAGCAUGUAUUAUGGAAGUUUUCGGUCCACCAGAAAAGCACCUGAUUGAAAAGAGCAGUCGUAAAAAACUAUUCUUCGACUCCAUGGGCAAGCCUCGGUUGACUGUCUCUUCCAAGGGCAGAAGGAGACGACCGAGCUCGAAGGAGCUACGACAAGUCUUGAAAUGUGAUGAUGAAGCAUUUCUUGACUUUAUCACCAAAUGUCUGAAAUGGGAUCCUUCACGAAGACUAACGCCUAAUGAGGCCAACAAACAUGAAUUCAUCACUGGGGUUAAGAUGAGUACAACUGCAACCAGACGAAAUCUGAUCGGAGCUGUAAACUCUCCUGUCAAGAGAGUUAAUUCGGUCACGACUGCUGCAGGUCCACGUCCAUUACCACAACCCCCAUUUCUUGGUCUGAAGGCACCUACCGGCGCAAGGCAGGAAACUUCGCCGCACAAACCAGGGCCGCGGCGACAAUCGACCGUACCACCGGCAGGAUCUGCUCCGGGUACCUCUCAGGCUAAGCGAGCAUCUCACGCUGCCAUGAAUUCAUCUGCCUCUAACUCGGGUCUGGCACGGUUGACAGUAGGUCAGAGGACCAUGAGCGGGAGAUCUGAUUUGGCAACUGCCGCCGCCGCCGCAAGUCUUGUGAAAUGA